GUGUCAUUCAAAGGAAACUACCCCUCAGAUGAAGAGGAACUCUCAGAGACAAUGAAAGAGCGAGAUCGCACAAUGCUGUUCCCAGAUUACUUCUUCUUUGCUGAAAAACGUUUGGUAAACCAUAGAGUCGAGACCAAAUACGUCAAAGACUUGGAUCACUGUGAGCGUUUCUGCUACAUGAACGACAACUGCGUCAGUGCUAACUUUAAAAAAGAUCCCGAGAAUGGAGGAAUCGAUUAUAUUUGUGAACUGAAUAACGCCACUCACCUUGAACAUGAUACUGACCUGAUUACUGAUGCCGAUUUUUAUUAUCGUGGCUCAAAGAACGCCUGCGGUAAAAACCCACCAUGUCAAAAUAAUGCAACUUGUCAGUCCGGUUUCACAAUCAAGGGAUAUCGAUGCUCGUGCCCUCCUGGAUUCGAAGGAGAACAUUGCGAAAAAGAUAUUGAUGAAUGCCAAAAAAAUACCCACGAUUGUCACCUGAACGCUACUUGUCAAAACACAAAUGGAUCCUUUAUGUGCACCUGUUUACUUGGAUUUAACGGAGAUGGACGGAACUGCACAGACAUCGACGAGUGUUCAAACACAAACAUCUGCAAUAAGAACGCCUCCUGCAGUAAUACCCAGGGCUCCUACAGUUGCGCCUGUAAUCCUAAAUACACUGGGGAUGGUUUGACUUGUAAAGCCGAUCCGUGCUAUAAUUACAGAAACCUAAGCGAUGCUGACAGAAAGAGCACCUACUACACACCCGACGGUGGAGAAAAAUGUGACGACGAAUCAUCCAUAAUAUCCGAGGAAUGGUAUCGUUUCGUGGGAGAUGCAGGAACAAAAAUGCCAACCCAGUGCGUGCCGGAUUGGAGAUGUGGUGCAGCCUUAUCAGGCUGGCUAAAAGGUGGUCACCCCACAUUGACAGAAGGUGAAAUUUCCUCCAAGGUCUGUUUUACCAGAGGUGGAGAUUGUUGCAAGGAAUAUAAAAACAUAUAUGUGAAAGAUUGCGGAUCCUACUUUGUGUACGAACUGCAAAAGCCACCUAAAUGUGAUUUGCGCUACUGUGGCACAGACUAA